AAAAGAAUCAUCAAUCUAUUCCUUGAAAAAUCAGAACACACACUUUAAUAAUGUCUCAAAACAAAAAACCUUUAAUCGUUGUAAGCGGUGCUACUGGUGUUCAGGGUGGAUCCGUUGUUAAUUCGCUUCUUGCUACUGGACAUUACAAAAUUCGAGGAUUAACUCGUAAACCAGAUUCAGAAAAAGCAAAAGCGUUGGAAUCUAAAGGAGUUGAAAUAUUUAAAUGUGAUUUAUCUAACAAGGAUGAUGUUAAAAAUGCUUUAAAAGGUGCUGAUAUUGCUUGGAUCGUUACCAAUUUCUGGGAUCCAUCAAUUGUUGGUCAAGAUUCUAAGGAAGAGGAAAGACAAGGCAAAAUGAUUGCCGAUAUUGUUAAAGAAGAAGGAAUUAACUGGUUAAUUUACAGUUCUCUCCCUGAUACCACCGCUGAAUCUGGAGGAAAAUACACUGAGAUUUAUCACUUUGCUGGUAAAAAUCGCGUAGAACAGUACAUUAGGAAAUUAGGAAUUCCAAAUGUAACAUUUAUCUACCUCGGUUUCUAUUAUCAAAAUUUUGGAAAUUUCAUACCUAUGGUUCAGAAAGAAAAUGGGGAAAUUGAACUCAUGGUUCCUUAUUUAGAAGAGAAUGAUAAGCUUCCUUUGAUUGAUGCUGAAAAUGAUACCGGACCAAUUGUUGCAAAAAUUAUUGAGGAAGGACCCGAUAAAUGGAAUGGUAAAAAGGUUCCCGUUGCUGCUGACUAUAUUACUUUGAAAUAUCUUACUGAAUCAUUGAUUAAAGCAACCGGAAAAACUUAUAAAUUAAAAACUUUACGUGAAGAUGAUGAAAUUGCCAAAGAAUUCCCAUACUUUAGCAAUGAAGAUUUUAAACAAACGUUCAAAUGGUUCAAAGAAUUUGGAUAUUAUGGAAAGGAUAGUGAAGUUAAUGAUAUUUCUAUUGCUAAAAAAUUACAUCCAAAUAUUCAAACUUAUGAACAAUAUGUAAUUAAGAAUUACGAGAAGGCUUAAAAAUAAUUUGUCUACAUUUUUGCCCUUAUGUAACUAUCAUGACUAUUUUUGAAGUAUAAAUAAAAUGU